AUGUGGUGGUCGGUGUUGCCCUUGUCCUUCCUUUUCCCGUCGGCGCUCGCCGCUCAACCCGCCGCGCCCGCCCCCAUCCGUGCUCCGUUGCGCGACCUCCCUCUCGGACAACUCAACUUCCUCCAUACCACCGAUACUCAUGGCUGGCUAGCCGGUCAUUUGCAGGAGCCCUCCUUUUCGGCGGACUGGGGCGACUAUAUCUCCUUCGCCGAGCGCAUGCGGGAAAAGAUUGAGGCUCAAGGUCGGGACUUACUAGUGAUCGAUACCGGGGACCGAGUCGAGGGAAAUGGCCUCUAUGAUUCUUCCCAACCACAAGGGGUUUACCUCUCGGAGAUCCUCCGCCACCAACAUAUCGAUGUGAUGACUUCGGGAAAUCACGAACUAUACAAACACAACACCUCCGAAGCCGAACUCCAGGUCACCGUACCCAAUUUCCGAGGUAGCUAUCUCGCCUCGAACAUCGAUAUAAUCCACCCGGAGACUGAAGAGCUGGUCCCGCUGGCCUCCCGAUAUAAGAAAUUUACUACCAAACAACAGGGAAUCCGUAUCGUAGCUUUCGGCUUCCUCUUCGACUUCACCGGCAACUAUAAUAAUACCGUCGUGCAGCGCGUGGAGGAGACCAUCAAAGAAGAUUGGUUUCAAGAAGCUAUUCGCGACGAAGAGGUCGAUCUCUUCCUCGUCGCUGGACACGUCCCCGCCCAUUCCCCAGAGUAUAAGGCUAUCUUCACCGAGAUUCGGUCCACCCGGGGCCACGGGGACACUCCGAUCCAGUUCUUUGGCGGACAUCAGCAUAUCCGAGAUUAUGCCCAGUACGAUGCAAAGGCUGUCGCUCUUGCCAGCGGUCGAUUCAUGGAGACCAUCGGGUUUAUGUCGAUCGAUGGUCUUUCUUCUACUAACGACCCAAGCAUCACCGCCGGGCCCGUCUUCAAGCGACGAUACAUUGAUAACAACCUCUACUCCUACUACCAUCAUACAGGUCUUGACGAAAGCUCUUUCCCUACGGAUAAGGGUCUAAAUGUAUCCCAACUCAUUACGGACUCGCGGAGUGCCCUUCACCUGGAUAAGAUCCACGGGUGUAAUCCGCGUGACCUUUGGAUGUCACGAGCUCCGUACCCACAUAAUGAUAGCAUCUAUACUUGGCUGGAGAAGGAGGUCUUGCCCGAGACCUUGAAGAAUGAACCUCGUGGUGACGGAGGCCGCCCUGCAGUAGCCGUUCUGAAUACAGGCGCUAUUCGCUUCGACAUCUUCAAGGGUGCCUUUACUCAGGAUACCAUGUGGAUCAUUUCACCAUUUACCAACGAAUUUCGAUACGUGAAAGACGUUCCUUACGAUAAAGUACAACUGAUUAUGGAAGUUCUUAACAAGCAACCACAAGUUUUGACAGGCUCAUUGGAGGAGACAUUCGAUGGCGUUGAUGCCCUGGGCCCCCCGGCUCAAGUCAACCAUCUUGAUAAUAUGGCCGGCACUGGCCAAAUUCCCCUGUCGGCCGAGAACCCAUCUGGUGCGGUUGUUCCCGGGUACACAACCCAAGAUGAUGCUGGCGACGACGGAGAUGACACGAUACACUCCCCCAUUUCCUUUUAUCGUGUACCAAACGUCUUCCAAGCGACACUGUCUGCGAAUGCGUCGGCUACGCCUGAGACAGUAGAUUUGGUUUACAUUGAAUUCCUCCAGUCGUAUCUCACGCUGGCGGCCAAGUUUGCACAUCUUGAUCUUGACUUCGCCAAGGAGAGCGAGAGUUAUAUGCCAGGCUCGACGCUGACGGAUUUGGUCUUGGAAUGGGUGGGGAAGAACUGGCCAUGCAAUUAA